CCAUGCACCCCAUCCACAAGGGUAUAGGAAGUAAACAAGAUGGCGGGCAAACGAGCUCUCGAGAACACGCCAAGUUGAGCUUAAAUUGAAUUCAAUUACUAUGGCGUCUCAAGACGCCACUAGAGAAGCACUGGGACUUAUAGAGAACCUCAAGAUAUGUAUUCUCAAGCAAGACCAAAUAAUACGGGCAAAGAAUUCUGAGAUUAAAUCGUUGAAUUCGGCUGUUGCAAGUUUGGAGGAAGAGAGGAGAAAACUGAAACAGGAGUUGGCUAAACUGAAGGGGGAGACUUCAUCUGUGGUUUCAGAUGAUGACGAGAAAAGUAAUGACCACGUACGUACACCACCUAAAGAUGGUUCAUCUUUCAAAACACCCCCAACUUCUCCAUCUAUACUUAUCACAUCAGAAAAGGGUGGUCAGAAUGCCUUACUUGCAUCUAUUAAAUCCACACCUACUCUUUCAAGGAGAGAAUCUGGCAAAGGUAGCUUAAAACGAGGAAGCGAUGUUUCAAGAUCACAGUCAUUCAAGAAGUAUGAGUUGUCCUCUGAUUUGAUGGACAGGACCAUACAGGUCUUGGAGAGGAAAUAUGGGGGUAAAGAAAAGGCCCAUGAUUCAGCGAAGGUGAUACAGAGCUACUGGAGGCAGUAUAGUAUGAAUAAACGAUUUAGAAGAUUGAGGACAUACUCUGAGACACCCAUCAAAACAGGAGCAUGGGUUAAAUCUCAUAGCGAUCCACCAAUAGUGAAUGACACUGUGGUGCAAAGAACACCAGUUCUGAGAAUAAAGACUGCCCAUGUUACUGAUAAGGACAAUCGAGUUCGGUCUGUGCUGAUUAUUGACAAUAUAUCACAAGCUCCAGACACUCCAGCUACGUUAAAAAGUUCAUCUGACUCUGUUGUAAAUAGUGUUGGUUCCGUAGGCUUGGUCGCUGAAGGUGCUUUAGUUCAAGAGGAAAGGAUACCAUUUGAAGAAGAUGAUGAGAAAAGUAGUGAAAAAUUCCAGGAGACGGAACAUUACUUGAAAGUGGAAAUGAAAGCUGACGAAAGUAUUGUUAAUAGUCCGAGUGGAAGUUUUGAUUCUGAUACACACAUGAAUGGUGAUGUGCAGAGAGGAAGAGGACACCUUGAUGAGUCUGAUGAUUCAGCUGGUGAGGAUUACCACCCUCCAAUGGAUGCUGUUAGCCUGGACAGUGCAGAUGGGAUUUGUUUAUCCUCAGAGAAGGCCAUUGCCCAAGAUGCUGUCAGUAUCAGUUCUGAGUUUGAUCCAGUGCCAGCGGCAGAUCUCAAACCACAGAAGCUUGAAAUGAGGAUUGGCAUUAAUCAAUUUAAUAGAAAGCCUGAGAAAGGUGUGACUUACCUGAUUGCCCACCAAGUGAUAGAUGAUAAUCCAGAAGCUGUGGCAAAGUUUCUCCUGUCAGAACAUGGAGUCAGCAAGCAGCGACUUGGGGAAUACCUGGGGAACCUGCAGAAUGAUUUUAACAUGGCCGUUCUAAAGUGUUUUGCUGAGAGCUUUGAUUUCACUGGGAUGGAGAUUGACGUUGCCCUUAGGACAUUCCUUGCACAGUUUAGAAUUCCUGGCGAGGCACAGAAAAUUGAAAGAUUAAUGGAGGUCUUUGCAGAGCAGUAUAUUUCCUGUAAUCCCACUGACGACACCUCAGCUCAGGAUAAAGUUCUCAUCUUGGCUUUCGCAAUUGUGAUGUUAAAUACAGAUUUACACAGUCCUAAUGUCAAGAAGAGAAUGACAGAAGAAGAUUUCAUCAGGAAUUUAGAAGGGACAAAUAAUGGUGGUAAUUUCCCCUCUGAGAGUCUAGCAGGAAUUUACAGGAGAGUGUUCAAGAAAGAAUUUACUCCAGCUAGAGACCAUGUGACUAUGACAGCAAAGCUGGAAAAGAAGAUUGUAGGGAAGAUGCCAUGGACUACCCUUGCAGCCCUGCACAGGUACCUGAGAAUGCUUACACCUUUGUUUGAAAUUCGGGAUCCAAACAAGAAAGAAAAGACCCACCCUAGAGUCAUUUUUGUUUUCAAUGAUAUGAUAGUGGUGACGAAGGAACGAGGCAGGCCUGGCCAGAGAGAUGGCUACCAUUUCUACAGUUACAAGCACUCUUUCCUCCUAUCUGGCGUCAAAAUAUCUGUUUUCACUAAUGAUUACUAUCCAUGGGGCAUCCAGUUGUAUUCUAGGCUACAAAGCCAGGUUGUAGCAACGUUUAAUGCCACCGAUGAGCGCACGAGGAAAGUGUUUGUUGAGGAACUACUGGAGUGCAUUGAAGAGACAAAUGCCAUGGAAAAUGAUAGAAUAGCAACUGAGAAGCAGAGGUAUAUGGCUGGUGGCAAAUUCAUACGCACCCCAGGUACCAUGACACUACCUCACCCAAAGAAGAGUCGGGGCACAUCGCAGCCCAACCCAGACGCCAUAAGUCUGCUGGAGGGAACUUUCACCAACUCACUCGGCACGGACAGCCUUGUUAACAGCAAACACCUCUCUAAUUCCAUGCUGAAUAUCAGCGAUGCAGAUACAUCUUUCUCAUCCGAAGGAGGAAGCUUCAAGAGGUGUAACAGUUCCUCAUCGCUGGACAGUGCAUUUGUUGAUGGGGAUAUUAAUAGUGAUUCCCCAAGGAAAUAUACAACCCUGGAGCCAUCAAUGCGCAAGAAAAGCCUGUUCAAGAAGUGGCGUUCACGGAACAGCAAAGGAAACCUACCAGGCUCUCCACUUGGCAACCCCAGUCCAGAACCAAUCAGGAAAAGCUCAAACACUGCAUCAAGAAAAAUCAGUACUCCAACAUAAGAAUAGAUGAUAGUUAUCAAGUUAGUAAAAAUAGUCUCAGAGGCAACGUGUACAGUUGACGGAAUCGUAUAAGCUGGUCAAAAGAUAUCCCUGAUUUCUUUCCCAGUUGUAUAAAAAAUUGCUAUAAAGAAUGUCCUGAUUUUAAACACUUUUUUUGUAGAAUUGACAUUGCACUACACUUUGGGUUCAAAACAAGACAACAAGGUUCUAGCAGCAUUUCUCAUGGGCCAUGCACUAAAGUUUGUAAAAAAAUUGAUGAGUAGUGCCCUAGAAUCCAUGCUCAACAGUUCUCAUUCUUUUCACAGUAACAAGGGACAAAGGGAGAAGUCUAAUUCCAUAAAUUUGUAGAAAUAGUAUUCAAGGUUGUUUUCAACAAAAUUAAGAGUUAGGAAAAUUGCAUACAACUGAGGCUCAAUAGAUUCAUUGUCAUAUCGCCAUAAUGGACCUAUUUACAUAAUAAUGUUAUUUUUGGGAAUUUUUUUUCAGGAUGGGGUGAACUGGAUGCUCAUUAAUAAAGAAUUAAAAAUUCUAGUCUGUAUGAAUGUGGUAAUUACUUUUACGAAGUAAAAUUGAAUGCCAUUUGCCACUGUGUAAUACCUGUUCAUUGUUCACUUUCUAGAAUAUGUAAUUCCCUUUUAAUUGUUUAUUAAAUACUAAGUAAAGAGUU